UUACUAAUAGAUUAUUCUUUUCUUUCUAGGGAAAUAAUGGAGCCCACCAAGGACCCAUUGGCCUAUGCAUGGGGUGGCAAUACUGGAAAUCAUGGCAACAAAUACAAAGAAGAUUUAACGUUGGUGCUGUUUGAGCGAGCAUCUUUCGGGAAAUCAGAAUUCAAACUUGCCUCAGAAAUGAAGGACGCUGGAAAAUUUGAUGGCGUAGUCAUAAUUUUCGAAGAACAGGAGGAAAUGUGGUUAAUUCAAACCAAACACAAAGGCAGCUCAGGUGAUACAAAACCAUUAUCGUUCGACAAUUUUUUUCCGAAGAUGUUCAAGGAUAAUCAAGAUUUUGCUCUUGUGAAGUACAUACAGUCAUAUUUAGAUGUCAUUCAAAAAGAUGUAUUCAAGAAGUAUAAGAAACGAUUUUUUAUCCUAACCAAUAAAUCAUUAGACGUUAGCGAUGAAAAGCUUAAGGAAUUGGUGGACAUCGAGAUCUGUGAACAAAGUGAAGUGAACCCAAUAAUGAAGUUAGCUAAAUCCGACAAUUGCUACAUAAGAUUCAGACCAAAAGAGGAUAACAUUGAAGAAUUACUGAAUUUGCUGAACACCGAAAUAACUGCCAUUAGGGAUGCAAUCAUUGAACUCUUCAAAAGUGGAAAAGUUUCGGACAUACUGACAAAGUACAAAACACAAUUGCAGAAGAUCCUGACAGUUUCAUGUGGAAAUCUAAAGUUCACCGAUAAUUUCUUAAACCAUCAGGUCAAUACCUCCCAUCUAUGGUUGUACAAUGAGCUACGAAAUAAGAUUCAUAAAAAAUCAACGGUAAACAUAGAAACAAAUCAAGCGAUUCAAAAUCUGAUGAAAGGUAAAUCUAGGGACACACAACUACCUCUAUAUAUAAAUGAAGAACGCGUGAGCAAGUUCUUUCAGCAUCUAACUUUCUGUGUAGACCAACCAAAUGAUCUAAUGACAACCGUCAAGGAUGAUCUUCGCUCAUGGAUGAGAACUUGGAUUCUACCGGACAAUCUUGGCAAAGCACAAUUAGAGCUGCCUUUCUUUAAAUUUUAUCAAUGUUUUAAAGAUUGGAUCAAUCUUAGUAGUGACAAGCAUACACAAAAGAUUUACUUAACUGGAGCCGAGGGACGUAAGUGUGUCAAAGACAUAACGGAAGAACUGAGUCAUAAUUUAUCACAACGUGAAAGCGAGUACAUAGGAAGAAAAUUAAUUGCAAAUAAUCAUAUUGUAAGCGACCAUGAUUUCAUCAAACGAUUAAUAGACGACCCAGAAGAGAGCAAAUUUUCUCUCUUCAUCGGAGAGCCUGGUAUGGGAAAAACAACUAUCCUCCAAUACAUUGCCUUCGAAGUUCAAAAGAAAUCCGAUAUUGAUGUGUUCUUGAUAUAUUUGAAUAACCUACAGGAAAUGCUCAAAACGGGCUGUGAAAACUUAGAAACGGUUUACACAAUUCUUAAACCGACUCUUUCAAAAACAAGCUUGACAAUAUUAAAAAACAAUCUAGAAAGCAACGCAAAUCGGUCUAUAAUCAUAUUUGAUGGGUUCGAUGAGAUCACUUUUCAUGACGAGGCAAUCGCCAUGUUUAAGCAAAUAUUGUCAAAGAAGAAUAAUCGAGUGAUUGUAAGUGGAAGAUAUCAUGUCAAAUGUAUUCUUGAAACAACUUUUAGAAUAGGGGCAAUCAGAUUGAUUCCAUUUGAAAAAGAUGCACAAAUGAUGUUUUUGAAAAAUUCAUGGAAAGCUUCCGAUGAUUCAAUGGAAUUUAAAAUUUAUUCAACUCAAUUGCUCGAAAAAAUAUACUCGGACAUAACAAGCGAUGAGUAUGAAUUCUUUGGAAAUCCACUUAUGAUUCGAUUGUUGGCGGAAGCAUAUUCUGAUGAUUUCCAACAAUAUGUAAAUACUGUUCCAUAUAAACGUGUACAAUAUAUUUUCGCGGCAAAAAAUUUUAAUGUUGUCUCAUUGUUUAAAAAGUUUGUGCAGUUUUCGUUUCAAAUAAAAUGGAAGAAAAAUAGAUACCAAGAUGCCUACCAAAAUUUUGACAUGCAAAGUAAUGAAGAAGAGAAGCGUCAGUUGAAAUACUUUAUUAUUGAGCAUCAAAUAGUUGCCUGCCAUCAGAUUAUUUGGCAUAGCCAUCAGAAAGUAAUCACAUCGGCUGAACACGAAAAACUUUACAAUGACCUCCAAAUAAGAAUCAAAAAAGGAAAAGAGCGCUCUCCUCUAUUUAAUAUUUCCGAUGGCAAUAUUAGAUUCAUACACUUAUCCUUUGCCAAAUUUUUUGCUGCGAUGUAUAUAUAUGAUUAUAUCCAAAACUGCAAAGCAAUUUUGUACGAAACACUUGUGGAUCAUGAAACAGUCCGAAGAUUUUUUUUUAAGCUAACUGAAGAACAGUAUUCACAACAAUCAGAGCAAAUGAUUGUUCUGAGCGAUAUUUGUAAAAAAAAAGCUGAGGUUGCAUUCUGGGCAUGUGAAGCAAGUUCAUUAAAAGUGUUAAGGGAACUGCUACAAAAGAAUGAUUUCAAAACUAGAAAACACGAAAAAUAUGGAUCUUUAUUACACACUGCGACGUAUGCUGGUAAUUCUGAGCUGGUUUUAUUUCUACUUGUUUAUGGCAUCGAUGCUAAUCUGAUCGCCCAUUUUGAGAUAUUUCAUGGUUAUGAUAAACACCUCAAUACAAGUCCUCUGCACAUUGCAAGUAAAAAAGGACAUCUUGAAAUUGCUAAACUUCUCCUCGAUAGAUCUUCAUAUGUGAAUCUUCAGGAUGAAGAAAAAAGAACACCUCUCCACUAUGCAAGUGAAAAUGGUCACUUAGAAAUUACUAAACUCCUCCUCGAAAGAUCUGCAGAUGUGGAUCAUCAGGAUAAAAAUAAUAGAACACCUCUCCACUAUGCAAGUGGAAAUGGGCAUUUAGAAAUUGUUAAACUUCUUCUCGAUAGAUCUGCAAAUGUGGAUCAUCAGGAUGAAAAUAAAAAAACACCUCUCAAUUAUGCAAGUGAAAAUAGGCAUUUAGAAAUUAUUAAACUUCUUCUCGAUCGAUCUGCAAAUGUGGAUCAUGAGGAUAAAAAUAAUAGAACACCUCUCCACUAUGCAAGUGGAAAUGGGCAUUUAGAAAUUGUUAAACUUCUUCUCGAUAGAUCUGCAAAUGUGGAUCAUCACGAUGAAAAUAAUAGAACACCUCUUCACUAUGCAAGUGAAAAUGGGCAUUUAGAAAUGGUUAAACUUCUUCUCGAUAGAUCUGCAAAUGUGGAUCAUCAGGAUGAAGUAAAAAGAACACCUCUCCACUAUGCAAGUGAAAAUGGGCAUUUAGAAAUUGUUGAACUUCUUCUUGAUAGAUCUGCAAAUGUGGAUCAUCACGAUGAAAAUAAUAGAACACCUCUUCACUAUGCAAGUGAAAAUGGGCAUUUAGAAAUGGUUAAACUUCUUCUCGAUAGAUCUGCAAAUGUGUAUCAUCAGGAUGAAAAUAAAAAAACACCUCUCCAUUAUGCAAGUGAAAAUAGGCAUUUAGAAAUUAUUAAACUUCUUCUCGAUCGAUCUGCAAAUGUGGAUCAUCAGGAUGAAGUAAAAAGAACACCUCUCCACUAUGCAAGUGAAAAUGGGCAUCUAGAAGUUGCUAAACUUCUUCUCGAUGGUUCCGCAAAUGUGGAUCAUCAGGAUGAAAAUAAAAAAACACCUCUCCACUAUGCAAUUGUAAAUGGGCAUCUAGCCAUUGCUAAACUUCUUCUCGAUAGAUCUGCCAAUGUAGAUCAUCAGGAUGAAGAAAAAAGAACAUCUCUCCACUAUGCAAGUGAAAAUGGGCAUCUUGAAAUUGCUGAACUUCUCCUCAAUGAAUUUGUCAAUGUGGAUCAUCAGGAUGAAAAUAAAAAAACACCUCUCCACUAUGCAAGUAAAAAUGGGCAUUUAGAAAUUGCUAAACUUUUCCUCGAUCGAUCUGCAAAUGUGGAUCAUCAGGAUGAAAAUAAUAGAACUCCCCUCCACUAUGCAAGUGAAAAUGGGCAUCUAGAAGUUGCUAAACUUCUUCUCGAUAGUUCCGCAAAUGUGGAUCAUCAGGAUGAAAAUAAAAAAACACCUCUCCACUAUGCAAGUGUAAAUGGGCAUUUAGAAAUUGCUAAACUUCUCCUCGAUCGAUCUGCAAAUGUGGAUCAUCAGGAUGAAAAUAAAAAAACACCUCUCCAUUAUGCAAGUGAAAAUGGACAUUUAGAAAUUGUUGAACUUCUUCUCGAUAGAUCUUCAUAUGUGAAUCUUCAGGAUGAAGAAAAAAGAACACCUCUCCACUAUGCAAGUAAAACUGGGCACUUAGAAAUUACUAAACUCCUCCUCGAAAGAUCUGCAGAUGUGGAUCAUCAGGAUAAAAAUAAUAGAACACCUCUCUACUAUGCAAGUGAAAAUGGGCAUCUUGACAUUGCUAAACUUCUUCUCGAUAGAUCUGCAAAUGUGGAUCAUCAGGAUGAAAAUAAAAAAACACCUCUCCAUUAUGCAAGUGAAAAUGGACAUCUUGACAUUGCUAAACUUCUUCUCGAUAGAUCUGCAAAUGUGGAUCAUCAGGAUGAAAAUAAAAAAACACCACUCCAUUAUGCAAGUGAAAAUGGACAUUUAAAAAUUGUUGAACUUCUUCUCGAUAGAUCUGCAAAUGUGGAUCAUCAGGAUGAAGAAAAAAGAACACCUCUCCACUAUGCAAGUGAAAAUGGGCAUUUAGAAAUUGUUAAACUUCUUCUCGAUAGAUCUGCAAAUGUGGAUCAUCAGGAUGAAAAUAAAAAAACACCUCUCCAUUAUGCAAGUGAAAAUGGACAUUUAGAAAUUGUUGAACUUCUUCUCGAUAGAUCUGCAAAUGUGGAUCAUCACGAUGAAAAUAAUAGAACACCUCUUCACUAUGCAAGUGAAAACGGGCAUCUUGAAAUUGCUAAACUUCUCCUCUAUAGAUCUGCAAAUGUGGAUCGUCAGGAUGAAGAAAAAAGAACUCCUCUCUACUAUGCAAGUGAAAAUAGGCAUCUAGAAAUUGCUAAAGUUCUUCUCGAUGGUUCUGCAAAUGUGGAUCAUCAGGAUGAAAAUAAAAGAACACCUCUCCACUAUGCAAGUGUAAAUGGGCAUCUAGCCAUUGCUAAACUUCUUCUCGAUAGAUCUGCCAAUGUAGAUCAUCAGGAUGAAGAAAAAAGAACAUCUCUCCACUAUGCAAGUGAAAAUGGGCAUCUUGAAAUUGCUGAACUUCUCCUCAAUGAAUUUGUCAAUGUGGAUCAUCAGGAUGAAAAUAAAAAAACACCUCUCCACUAUGCAAGUAAAAAUGGGCAUCUAGCCAUUGCUAAACUUCUUCUCGAUAGAUCUGCAAAUGUGGAUCAUCAGGAUGAAAAUAAAAAAACACCUCUCCAUUAUGCAAGUGAAAAUGGACAUCUUGACAUUGCUAAACUUCUUCUCGAUAGAUCUGCAAAUGUGGAUCAUCAGGAUGAAAAUAAAAAAACACCACUCCAUUAUGCAAGUGAAAAUGGACAUUUAAAAAUUGUUGAACUUCUUCUCGAUAGAUCUGCAAAUGUGGAUCAUCAGGAUGAAGAAAAAAGAACACCUCUCCACCAUGCAAGUGAAAAUGGGCAUUUAGAAAUUGUUAAACUUCUUCUCGAUAGAUCUGCAAAUGUGGAUCAUCAGGAUGAAAAUAAAAAAACACCACUCCAUUAUGCAAGUGAAAAUGGACAUUUAGAAAUUGUUGAACUUCUUCUCGAUAGAUCUGCAAAUGUGGAUCAUCACGAUGAAAAUAAUAGAACACCUCUUCACUAUGCAAGUGAAAACGGGCAUCUUGAAAUUGCUAAACUUCUCCUCUAUAGAUCUGCAAAUGUGGAUCGUCAGGAUGAAGAAAAAAGAACUCCUCUCUACUAUGCAAGUGAAAAUAGGCAUCUAGAAAUUGCUAAAGUUCUUCUCGAUGGUUCUGCAAAUGUGGAUCAUCAGGAUGAAAAUAAAAAAACACCUCUCCACUAUGCAAGUGAAAAUGGGCAUCUAGAAGUUGCUAAACUUCUUCUCGAUGGUUCCGCAAAUGUGGAUCAUCAGGAUGAAAAUAAAAAAACACCUCUCCACUAUGCAAGUGUAAAUGGGCAUCUAGAAGUUGCUAAACUUCUUCUCGAUAGUUCCGCAAAUGUGGAUCAUCAGGAUGAAAAUAAAAAAACACCUCUCCACUAUGCAAGUGUAAAUGGGCAUCUAGCCAUUGCUAAACUUCUUCUCGAUAGAUCUGCCAAUGUAGAUCAUCAGGAUGAAGAAAAAAGAACAUCUCUCCACUAUGCAAGUGAAAAUGGGCAUCUUGAAAUUGCUGAACUUCUCCUCAAUGAAUUUGUCAAUGUGGAUCAUCAGGAUGAAAAUAAAAAAACACCUCUCCACUAUGCAAGUAAAAAUGGGCAUUUAGAAAUUGCUAAACUUCUCCUCGAUCGAUCUGCAAAUGUGGAUCAUCAGGAUGAAAAUAAUAGAACACCUCUCCACUAUGCAAGUAAAAAUGGGCAUUUAGAAAUAGCUAAACUUCUCCUUGGUCCUUCUGCAUCAUGAUGAAAGAGAUCACAAUAUUGAAAAACAAUCUAGAAAGCAACGCUAAUCGGUCUGUAAUCAUAUUUGAUGGUUUCGAUUAGAUUACUUUUUAUUUGGUAUUUGUAAAGGCGAACGUCAUGGCAGUGCUGUGAUAAAUAUUCGAUUAAUUAAGUGUAAAAUUGUGCUUGUGCUAUACCACGAAUAGAUCCUACGUGUAGUGAUGUCCGAUUUUCCCAACUAAUCGAUUAUUUACUAAUCGAUUAGUUUUUUUUUUAUUGAUUGUAGUCAACACCGAUUAAUCUGCGUGAAAUAAUCGAUUAAUCAAAUAAUCGAUUAAUUUUAACACUACCAACGUCUCUAAGAAGGUGUUUUUACUAGCUGUAGAUUAUACAUCCUUGAUUCAUGGGUAAAUUAUUGUUUCGAGAUAUAAUAAUUCAAUAAAAUACACUUUUACUCUUUAAUGCUUAUUAACAUUCUUAUUAGAGAUAUAGUGAGAAAAAAGACAACUUGCAUCUUUACGACGAAUUGAUUAUGUCUUUGGACUGCAAUAUCAUUGUCUAAAAAAUAAUACUUACUCAAACCGAACAUCUUCUCCAACAGAUUGUAGGAAUAGUAUCUAGUUGAGAUGCGGGCCAGACAAACAGUUUUUAAUUAAUCAUUUUGUCAGGCUUCUGCAUUCAUUUUCCAUCAGAUGUCACUGCUGUUGUUUGCGGUGACAUCUAACGGAAACUACGCAUAAUAUGUUUUCCGUUCAUUGUUCACAGAAGACAGUGCAGUGCAAAACUUUGACUUUAAAUGAUCUAUAUUUCUUGAAUUUGUGUGGUUUACAUGUACAACUUAUCAAGUGACACAUAUGCGUCUUUUCAACUUUAGUUCCUUUGAAAUUUCAAUUAUUAUUAAUUACAGUUCCUAGUCCUAUCAGGUCUGUUUUAGAGAAUGACUAUUUAUGACUACUAUUUACAACUACAACUAACCUACAACUACUAUAUACACCUAAUCUACUAUAUACAAAUUGCUUAUUAGAGCAUGUUCUGAUAAAAUACAUUUUUGUGAAAAUUUAGUCUUAAUUUUGUUAAUUCUGGAAUCUAUUUUGGCAAUGCCUGCCUCUUCGUGUAAAUUUGUUAUUCUAGUGUCAAAAGGACGAUCAAGAACCAUCCUCAGCACUCUAUUCUGAGUGACCUGAAUUUUGUUCCUGUGAGUCUUUGC